GCGGGGCCAUAAAGGCGGGCGUCGGGCCGGGCGGCGCAGAGGGGUGGGGGGCGCGAUGCUGUGGGAGCGGCUGCGGCGACUGUCGGUGGAGCUGGAGGGCGCGGCGGCGUUCAGCCCGGGCGAGAGCGUGGCGGGCCGGGUGGUGGUGGAGCUGUCGGGGCCGGCGCGGCUGGGCGCCCUCCACUUGCACGCCCGCGGCUGCGCCCGCGUCCACUGGAGCGAGGCGCGCUCGGGCGGCUCCAGCACGGCCUACACGCAGACCUACGGCGACCGCCUGGACUUCCUCAGCCACCGGCAGCUGCUCCUGGCCCCGGCAGACGGCGGCGAGGCGACGCUGCUGCCCGCCGGACGGCACGAGUUCCCGUUCGCCUUCCAGCUGCCCGAGGGCCUGGCCACGUCGUUCGAGGGCAAGCACGGCAGCGUGCGCUACUGGGUCAAGGCCAAGCUGCUCCGACCCUGGGCCGCCGCCCGCCGCGCCAAGGAGCGCUUCACCGUCCUCGAACCCAUCGACAUCAACACGCCCGCGCUGCUGGGCAGCCUUCAGUGGGUCAGUUUCCUACGGAGGGCAGAGCGCCUGAGGACUUGCAGGGCCGUGAGAGCCCCAUGA